AGCGCGGCCGUGUGCAAAAAUGGUGAAUCAAAAAAAUUACAAAAGAGGGCGACCCCUUUUCUUUUCGACCACGCUUUAAAAGAGCUAGCUGAGGGUCCGGGUGCGGUUUGACUGGCGCAAUUGUGGAAAUAAACAGCUUCAGCAAACGGUUGUCUUCUACACGGCAUAUAUACGCAAUACAAGUUCAACAUGAGUGACGACCCGGCCAAGUACCAGCUACCGUCACUGGACACCAGCACAUUACAAUAUCUGACGGACUGCUCCAAGCACUACGCACUGAUGCAUGGUGUACUCAAGCGAGCGGCAGGCAGCCUCAAUUCCUCGGAGGUCGUGACCUAUGUACCUCACACACUCUUCCCUUCACCGUUGCCAAGGAGACUGUAUGAAGCAGCCAAUCAGAUGCAAGAUAGCAUCGGUGUCUUGAUGCUCCGGGUUGCUAUGGAUAGGGAAUUUUUGACAACGUCACUCAAGAGUACUAUCGCUGUAGAUGAUUUCACUUCAAGAUUGAUGGAUCUGUAUCAACAGAUGGAGAGUGAAGGAUUAAAAAAGCCUAUAUCUCUGUGCGUGGUGCGGCCGGAUUACAUGGUAGAUACGACAGGUCCCGAGUUAGCCCUGAAGAUGGUUGAAAUCAACACGAUAGCGGCAGGCAUGGGUGGUGUUGGCAUGCAGGUAGCUGAUCUGCAUAGAUACAAUAUGGGCCUAUGUGAUGAGAUGAAGGCUGAGUUAGCUGGUAACAAAGCUGUCAUGGCAAUUGGUGAAGGAGCGGCUAAGGCUUGGGAACUCUAUGGACAACCGAGUGCGUGGGUCUUGUUCCUAGUCUCCACUGCCGAGUAUAACAUCUUUGAUCAGUGCUGGCUUGAGCACACAAUGCGGAUGUAUAACCCAGCUAUCCGGGUCAUGCGUAGAACACUCACAGAUGUUGGGCAGAGAGCUACGGUCGAUCAGGAUAGACGAUUAUUCAUGGACGGUAAGGAGAUAGCAUUUGUGUAUUUCAGGAUCGGUUAUGCUCCGAGACAAUAUCCCUCAGAAACGGAAUGGAAUGCACGAUUGCUGAUUGAGAGAUCCUUGGCUGUAUCCUGCCCUUCUGUCAACUGGCAUCUGGCAGGAACCAAGAAGAUUCAGCAAGAAUUAUCCAAACCUGGCGUCUUGGAACGAUUCUUGGAUGACGCCGAGGCAAUUAGACAGAUUAGGAGUACAUUUGUACAUCAGUAUGACCUGGGACUGACGGAGGAAGGUGAUGCAGCAGCAGCAAUGGGUAUCCAAAACCCGGAGAAAUACGUUUUAAAACCACAAAGAGAAGGCGGAGGUAACAAUCUGUACAACAGUGAACUGAAGGCGGAGCUGGAGAGACUCAGUGGGCAGGAGGAGCGCGGAGCGUACAUCCUCAUGGAAAAGAUCCAAGGACAAGUCUUCAAGAAUUAUGUGAUCUCGGGACCGGAGGUCCACCAAGCCACCGACAUGGUGACAGAGUAUGGUCCGUUUGGAGUCAUGUUAAGUCGUGGCGAUGACGUACUACUGAACAAAACAACAGGAUACUACAUGAAGUCUCACAAUGUCAACGUCGCUGAGGGCGGUAUUUCAAUCGGCAACGCAGCAAUGGAUAGUGUCGCAUUGGUAUGAGUGGAAUAUUUCACCGAGAAAUAUCUAUUUACCGUUUACUCUUUCAGUAUCCCAACGAGAUCAAAACUGAUUUAAAAAUAGCAGGUUUACUAAAAUGCCAGAGGAAUUUGGGCUGAUUUGGACAGCAGUAGUACUAAAAGUAAAAUUGAUUUUAGAAAAACAUGGGUACAUAAGGUACAAUACUUUCUUGUAUGUAAAUUUUACCAUUCAGAAAAUUGUCUUGCCCAUCAGUUUUGCCAGAAGACCAAUCAAAUUGGAUGCAAAUCGCCUGUUUUCAUUGAAU